UCACGUGCAAACGCAAAAGUGGAAUCUUCCUUUUCAAAAGUCAAAAUGGACGCUGUCAGGCGACUUUAUAAACGUCGUAUUGAACAAGAUGUUAACUCAGUUGGAUUGUCGGUAGAUCGGCCAAACAGGGUAUCAUACUAUCAAUCGUUCUUUCAGAGAUCCUCUGGUUUGCCAGUAUAUUUGAAAGGCCCAAAUGACCAACUUAUAUACAGGUCAUGCAUGAUUGCUUCCGCUGCUGGUAUUGGCAUCUGCCUUGCUUCUAUAUACUUAAUGGCAACUGGUUUGAAGAAAAAAUGAACACAAGUUUGUUGACUCUAGUUAUAUCAUUGCUGGAAAUAUUUCCUUUCACCUAUUGACUGUAAUAGUGUAAAUAAUUGAAACAGACUUAGGUCUGAAGUGUUAUGAUGGCUUUUUUGUCGACUAUAAAUUCUUUAAUAUACAAUGUCAAGUUUGGCGAA